AUGGGGCUAGACGAUGAUGACAUGAACGUAACGUACGCUGCACCGCUAAUUGUGCUCGCUAUGGGGCUUUUCAUGACGAACCUGCAAGGAUACUUUCAGGAGAAGGUUGAAGAGCCGGGGCUGGCUCGAGCUGCCGUGAUGGAUCUAGACAUUCCGUUCCUACUCUGGCAACAUGGCAGGGAGAUAUGCUCAGAGAAGCCGCCCCCGGCCUGGGGCCGGCUUAAGUUGCGACAAGCCCUUGGCAGAGGAAUUCCCCUGUCCAUGGUCAGCUUCUAUUUAGCGAGCCGCCAUGUGGUGGAGGCCCCUGUAUGCCAAUUGUCAAUGUCAGUUGGCAGACCUCUCUUGGAGGACAAAGCUUUCAAAGAAACGGGGAAAACAACUGAGUUGUUGAAGCUCUUGCAAGACCAAGAGGAUGUUUGCAGCCUGGACCUGCCUUUUGGCUUGAAACUUGGCUGCGAGACCCGGAAGGCCCUGAAUCAGACUGACCUGGUGACAGUUCUUCAGAGAAGCACGGUGUGGCCCUACGACUUUUCAGAAAACAUGCACUUGGCUGAUGAGGCGCUUUGGAAAGCAGGCCGUUGCCAGUUGUCAAGGUGGCAAGCAGUGCCGGUUCCGAAUGCCCCCGAGCGUCCAGAAGACAAUAAUCUCUGCGGCUACGAAGCCUGUGUGGAUCCAACCCCCCCGGAAGGGCAAAUGCAGAUCUUUAACCAGUUCACAUACCUGGCCUUAGUGGAGAAGAUCAAGAGGAGCGAAGCGCUGGAAACAAGUGUGCGGAGCUUUGUGAGCAGGCUGGUGGGGGGUGGAGCAGUCUUGGCCCAUGUGGUUCCCUGGAAUGUAAUCGCCGACAUCAUAUCCGGGCACAUCGUAAAUUCAGACCUGGCGAUGGCGUUGGGGUGUUGA